AUGGCCCCAAAUAUGACCAAGCGUCCAGUUGGCGCUCCUAGUGUUUUAUUCAAUGAAGAUGAUACGGAACCAUCUGUCGUUGAUGAAGGAAAUCAGAUAGCUGAAGGAGAAACUGUUGAGAAUAACAAAUACAAACCAUACAGAUAUCAAAGACAAAUUGUCUGGCGAAAUGUUGCUUUAUUUGUUUACCUACAUAUAGCCGCACUGUAUGGUGCAUACCUAAUGUUUGCUUCUGCAAAAGUAGCAACAUCAAUUUGGGCAAUUUUACUGUAUCAAAUGUCGGGAUUGGGAAUUACUGCUGGAGCCCAUAGGCUAUGGGCACAUCGAUCAUACAAAGGAAAACUUCCUUUACGUAUUAUUUUAAUGAUCUUCAAUACAAUUGCCUUUGAGAACCAUAUUUAUGAGUGGGCCCGAGAUCAUCGUAUGCACCACAAGUAUAGUGAAACAAACGCUGAUCCUCAUAAUGCCAAACGUGGAUUUUUCUUUUCUCAUGUUGGAUGGUUGUUGUGUCGUAAACAUCCAGAAAUAAAAGAAAAAGGACGUGGUAUUGAUAUGAGUGAUUUAGAGCGGGAUCCAGUUGUAGUAUUCCAGAUGACGUAUUAUUUGUUGUUGAUGCCGGUUUUAUGUUUCUUGAUUCCUACGUGCGUGCCUGUGUUUUUGUGGGGUGAAACGUGGUCCAAUUCAUGGUUUGUGGCUACCAUGUUCCGAUAUACUUUCACUUUAAAUAUGACAUGGCUUGUAAAUAGUGCUGCUCAUAUGUGGGGUGAUAGACCUUAUGACAAAUUUAUCAAUCCUUCUGAAAAUAUUGGUGUAGCAUUAGGUGCUCUCGGUGAAGGAUGGCACAACUAUCAUCAUGUAUUUCCAUGGGACUACAAAGCAGCAGAAUUGGGAAAUUAUCGUGCUAAUUUAACUACUGGGUUUAUAGAUUUCUUUUCUAAAGUAGGCUGGGCGUAUGACUUGAAAACAGUGUCUACGGACAUGAUACGCAAACGUGUUGAUCGAACUGGUGAUGGAACUCAUAGUAGCAUUUGGGGAUGGGAAGACAAGGAAUUGUCACCAGAAGACCGUGAAGAAGCCGUUAUCAUCAACAGAUCCCUUGUUGGGUAA